CCAUGCGCAGGGCGGCGCGGCUCGGGCGGCUGGGCCGGGGCCGCCUCUCCAGAGCCCGCGGCCUGGGGGUCCCGCCGCCGCUGCUGCUGCUCGCGCUGCUACCUUUGCUGCCCACGCCCGGUGCCGCCGCCGCCCCCGCCCCGCCACCCCUGGCCCUGCAGCCUGCGGCGGCAGGGCCCAGCGUGAGCCUCUACCUGAGCGAGGACGAGGUGCGCCGGCUCAUCGGUCUUGAUGCAGAACUUUAUUAUGUGAGAAACGACCUUAUUAGUCACUACGCUCUGUCCUUUAACCUGUUAGUACCCAGUGAGACAAAUUUCCUGCACUUCACUUGGUAUGCAAAGUCCAAGGUUGAAUAUAAACUUGGAUUCCAAGUAGACAAUUUUGUGGCCAUGGACAUGCCCCAGGUCAACAUUUCUGUUCAGGGGGAAGUUCCACGCACUUUAUCAGUGUUUCGGGUCGAGCUUUCCUGUACUGGCAAAGUAGAUUCUGAAGUUAUGAUACUAAUGCAGCUCAACUUGACAGUAAAUUCUUCAAAAAAUUUUACAGUCCUAAAUUUUAAACGAAGGAAAAUGUGCUACAAAAAACUUGAAGAAGUAAAAACUUCAGCAUUGGACAAAAACACUAGCAGAACUAUUUAUGAUCCUGUACAUGCAGCUCCAACCACUUCUACGCGUGUAUUUUAUAUCAGUGUAGGGGUUUGUUGUGCAGUAAUAUUUCUUGUAGCAAUAAUACUAGCUGUUUUGCACCUUCACAGUAUGAAAAGAAUUGAACUGGAUGACAGCAUCAGUGCCAGCAGUAGUUCCCAGGGGCUGUCCCAGCCAUCCACCCAGACAACUCAGUACCUGAGGGCUGACACACCCAACAAUGCAACUCCCAUCACCAGCUCCUCAGGUUAUCCAACCUUGCGGAUAGAGAAGAACGACCUGAGAAGUGUCACUCUUUUGGAAGCCAAAGCCAAGGUGAAGGAUAUAGCAAUAUCCAGGGAGAGGAUAACACUAAAAGAUGUUCUCCAAGAAGGUACCUUUGGGCGUAUUUUCCAUGGAAUUUUAGUGGAUGAAAAAGAUCCAAAUAAAGAAAAACAUACAUUUGUAAAAACAGUUAAAGAUCAUGCCUCUGAGAUCCAGAUAACCAUGAUGCUGACGGAAAGCUGUAAGCUGCGAGGUCUUCACCACAGAAAUCUUCUUCCUAUUACUCACGUGUGUAUAGAAGAAGGAGAAAAGCCCAUGGUGAUGCUGCCUUACAUGAAUUGGGGGAAUCUUAAAUUGUUUUUACGGCAAUGCAAAUUAGUAGAGGCCAAUAACCCACAGGCAAUCUCUCAGCAAGACCUGGUACAUAUGGCUAUUCAGAUUGCCUGUGGAAUGAGCUACCUGGCAAGAAGGGAAGUCAUCCACAAAGACCUGGCUGCUAGAAACUGUGUCAUUGAUGACACACUUCAAGUUAAGAUCACAGACAAUGCCCUCUCCAGAGACUUGUUCCCCAUGGACUAUCACUGUCUGGGGGACAAUGAAAACAGGCCAGUUCGAUGGAUGGCUCUUGAAAGUCUGGUUAAUAAUGAGUUCUCUAGCGCUAGUGAUGUGUGGGCCUUUGGAGUAACACUGUGGGAGCUUAUGACUCUGGGCCAGACACCCUAUGUGGACAUUGACCCCUUUGAGAUGGCUGCUUACCUAAAAGAUGGUUACCGAAUAGCCCAGCCAAUCAACUGUCCUGAUGAAUUAUUUGCUGUGAUGGCCUGUUGCUGGGCCUUAGAUCCGGAGGAGAGGCCCAAGUUUCAGCAGCUGGUCCAGUGUCUUACAGAGUUCCAUGCCGCCCUGGGAGCCUAUGUCUGAGUUCUCACAGUCCCACAGCAUCAGAGGACACGGUUCCUGCCACACUGCCUCGUGUGUAACACAAUGCCAGCAGAAGCACAUUUGUCUUCCAGAACACCGUGCCUUAGGAAUACUUCAGAAUCUGAACUUUUUUAAAGAUAGACUUAAUAAUGUUUAAUAUUUUCUAGGUAUCACUUUUAUUAAGUUGAAUUAAAAGAGAUUUUGUAAAUUGUUGGGUCAAAAAUUUUUUAAAACAUAGUUACUUUGGACUAAGGGUGCAUUCUGACUAAAUAAAUAAGCAGUUUUUAAAAUUGUUUAGACACAUAUUUGGAAUAGCUGUCUUAGUGCCAACUGCUUUUUGUGUUUUUACUUCAAGGUAAUGUAGGUGGCUUACCUUUAAAGUUUUUUAAUAUUAUUUUUAUCACUACUCUUGGGAAUGGUUUGUCUUCAAGAUACAGUACUUUUCUUAGGAAAGAAAAAGCAGCAUAAAAAGAUGUCUGAUUUACCUUGUACUAGAAAAGGCAAUACUGGAGGGAGAAAAAAGCUAGAGAAAAAAAAAGAAUUUUUAAAAAUACUAGAAACUACCCUUGCAUGAAAAUUUAAAAAUUUUUUAAAUGAAAAGCAAUUCUGCUUUCUUAUUUUGGAAGAAACAGGAGCUGAGUUCCUUACAUCUUAAAUUUGUUAGAAAUUAACUUUUCUGUGAGCCAGAAGUGGGUUUGAGGCAGAUUAGUAGGAAGUAAUGACAAUUUUAUUUAUUUUUACUCUCUGGGAAAGGACAGAAUGCAGUUCCAGAAAGUGAAACCUCAUUUCUAAGGUUAAGAUUCCCUUUUAUUGCACCUAGAAUAAGUGCUAUGCACAGAGUAGGUGCUUGAGUUGUGGUUUUUUAAAAAAUUGUAAACUGAUAAAUUUUGUGCUUAUCUUCAAGGCUGUCUUAAGUGUAAAAUUGUUUUUUAAGAACUUGAAAAAUAAAGGAUUUGUUUUAUAUUA